UCUCAUCGUGUCGUCUCAUUUCUCACGUAUAUUACUCGAGAAGAGGACCAGUACUUUACGCACGUCCUUACGUAAUAAAGGAUGGUAUGGCGGCGCAGACAGACGGUCGGAUACCGGAUACUUUUCGUUACAGCUAUACCAGUUAUGUACUUUGCUUGCAUCGCUAUAAUGGAACUGUUUUCUGACAAUACGACAAAUUUGGAUUAUACAGCAGACUGGCGAGGACGUAAAUUACUGCAAUCGAGCGAGCUCGAGCAAUUUAAAAACGACAGUUACAAUUGUACAUCGCCGGCGAUCAAAGAAUUUCCGUCCGACGGUCUUACGCGGCAACAAAGACGUGCAGGAUUCAUAAUAAUCCAUUUCAUCAUCGCUAUUUAUUUGUUUUUACUACUUGCCAUUGUGUGCGACGACUAUUUCGUUCCCUCUAUUAAGAAAAUUUGCGAGAAGCUUAAUGUCACCGAAGAUGUGGCUGGUGCUACUGUAAUGGCGGCUGCGAGUUCGAGUCCGGAAUUAUUCAUCAACAUCGUUGGUACCUUCGUAACGGAAGGCGAUUUGGGGGUUGGCACCAUUGUUGGUUCUGCAGUAUUCAACAUACUAGCCGUGCCUGCGUGCUGUGCGUUAUUCGCAAACGAGGUCCUGAAUCUGGAGUGGUGGCCCGUAUCGCGCGACUCACUGGCUUACGCCUUCACAGUACUUCUCCUGAUCCUGACUCUGUGGGAUGGACGUGUUGAAUGGUACGAAGCACUCAUCCUCGUCGCUUGUUACAUUUUAUAUAUAUCAGCAAUGUGUUUCAAUCGUCGUAUCAACAAUUUCAUCAGACGAAUUACGUCUAGGAGAAAAAAAUACAGAAAUAUCUGCGAGGAGAGUCCCCUUCUGCCAAAUCACCUCGUCAAAGAAACGGAGAUGAAUGGAUUUAGUUUGAGUGAUCAGGACGAAUCAGACGAUAUUGUGAACAUGACAACCUGGCCAAGCUCUAUAUGCGAAAAGAUAUGGUGGGUUAUCACUUGGCCCAUUAAUCUGGCAUUACUUGUUACUAUUCCCGAUUGUAGAAGAAGCAAGCUGAAAUCUUGGUAUCCUUUUACAUUCAUCAUGUGUGUAAUGUGGAUUGCGUCUUCAUCCUACGUUAUUGGAUGGGUCAUCACUAUUAUCGGCGAUACCUUUGGGAUUCCUGAUUCUAUUAUGGGUUUAACAUUUCUCGCAGCGGGAAUGAGUGUACCUGAAGCAGUAUCGAGUGUUAUCGUGGCCAAUCAAGGUUAUGGAGCUAUGGGGAUAAGUAAUUCGAUCGGAUCAAAUGUAUUUGAUGUGUUACUGUGUCUCGGAUUUCCAUGGUUCAUCAAGGCAGCACUACUGCCAAAAGUAGCUGGACAGUAUUAUAUUCAGAUUAAUUCUCAAGGUCUAGUUUAUAGCUCAGUAUCUCUUUUCUCUACGUUAAUUAUCUUAUAUGGGGCUUUAUUUAUUAACAAAUUCAUAUUAAAUCGCACAGUUGGAAUUAUCUGUCUCGUUAUGUACGCCAUAUUUUUGAUAUUUGCAUCUAUCGUAGAACUUAACACAUUUUUUAUUGUUAAUUUACCAAUAUGUGUUGACUAAUAAUAUUAGAUUUAUGAAAAAAUAAGGUCCUAUAAUUAAGAUGACUAACUAAAGGAAAAAGGAAGGAAAUUCCUCCUUUUCAAUCAUAUUACUUUCUUCCUCCUAUUUGCCAUAAAAAUCGUAGAAAUUCCUUUCUUUUCAAAAUUAUUAAAUGAAAACAAUGAAUUGAGAAUAAAGAACAGAGAAAAUCUUUUUAGUUUAGCUUUGUAAUACAUAAAAAUCCUUGCUAACCAAGCAAAAAUGUUGUGACAAAGAUAGAUGCCUCACGGUCAUAGCUUUCUUUUAUCUAGAUGGGCUGCAUUUAAAAAUUGUAUUUGUCGGGUAGAGUUACUUUGAGUGACUAAUUAGGAUGAAGAAAUAUUGAAAUUUCUUGAUACUGUAAAGGCUGUGUUGAUAAUGCAAUACAAUUUUAAGGAUGUGCAAUGUUAGGACUUUUACAGCAAUGUUGUAAAUAAUAAAACAUUGUUAGACUUUGGAAGACAAAAGCGAAAUAUAAAGACAAGAAAGAAAACAAA